AUGAUACGUGCUACACAUUCAGACCACUUCUUUCUUUCUUUCUUUUUUCUUUUCUUUUCUUUCUUUCUUUCUUUCUCUGAGACAUCUUUCUUUCUACACAUUCUUUCUUUCUUUCUUUUCUUUCUUUCAUUUUCUUUCUUUCUUUCUUUCUUUCUUUCUUUCUCUGAUGAUAACACCAUAGGACAUGAUACGUGCUACACAUUCAGACCACUUCUUUCUUUCUUUCUUUCUUUCUUUCUUUCUUUCUUUCUUUCUUUCUCUGAUGAUAACACCAUAGGACAUGAUACGUGCUACACAUUCAGACCACUUCUUUCUUUCUUUCUUUCUUUCUUUCUUUCUUUCUUUCUUUCUUUCUCUGAUGAUAACACCAUAGGACAUGAUACGUGCUACACAUUUCAGACCUUUCUUUCUUUCUUUUCUUUCUUUCUUUCUUUUCUUUCUUUCAUUUGCCACAUUUUUCUUUCUUUCUUUCUUUGA